AUGCAGUUCCUCCCCCUCAUUCUGACCCUCGUGGCCACCCUCUCUGCAGCCCAGGCUCAAAAUGCAACUACUACCUGGUACAAUACCACUACAUCCACCUCCCCCACCACCGCUCUCCCCGAGACCACCACAGCAGCGGCCAAUACUACUGCUGGCCGCAACACAACCGUCGUAACUUCCUUCAUCACGAGCGUCCACAGUGCAUCUGCCACCGGUUCUGGAAACCUCUCCACUACUGCGACAACGGUGGUUGUUGUUGGACCGAGCACUACUGCGGCGUCGGCAUCCGCGAGUACGACUGCUACCAGUGAGUUGGCUGGCAAUGGAAAUGGUGCCGGUGAGCUUGGGAAGGUUGGAGGCUCAAUGGGCGCGUUUGCGAUUGCGUUGGGAGUCGUGAUGUUGGGGCAUAUUCUGUAG